AUGCCUCCAGUGCACACACGCCUUAGGCUAUUGCAUACCGCUAUCAUCAGUAUUCAGGUUAUUAUCCUCGCAUUUGGAUAUGGAUUUCUGGGCGCAGUUCUCUAUUAUGGUUACCUUCCUCCACCUGAUCGGGUCAGCAACUUAUGGAAGCAUUACCCUCAAGAGUUGACCAUGGUAGUCACAUUAAUAGCAACUGUCCUUUCGGUGACUACUGCUAUGGUUUUCACGGUUUCAGUCAAGGAUGCAUUGAGACAUCGGAUAUCAUCGCGGCCCAUCUCUCUCGUUCAGCUAAGCGCCGGUGUCGCUUUGGCGAAGGGCUCCAUCAUAUUGAGACCUGAGCACUUACAACUGACCACCAUGACGCUGUUCGCCUUUGGUAUCCUGAGACUUUUGACAGCUGGGUGGACGACUCUCCUGACACCGACCUACUUCCUAUGGCCAAUUGAGAUGCGAGGAUCCGAACUUGAUAUUACUGGAACCGCGUUUUCCACCUUGCUCUUCCAAGAAUUUCAAAAGCAGGGUCUCACUACCAUCCAAGACAAUUCUUUCGAGAUUCUCAACAUCGGCGGAAUGCUAAGCGGAGUCUCUGCUGCAGGAUAUACCUUCGGUCUUCCUGGCACAUUUAAUUUCAAUGGUGCAAAAUAUAAUGUGUCCACUCAGGGGAUUGUGCCCGUCAUUGAGGAUUUUUCCGGUUCGGACGGAGUUCCGAGUGCCAACGGCACUCGUCUCGGCUUUUCAGGUGGAAACGUCACAGUCAACACAGAACAGAUACCGGGAAAACACACCAGCGUGUCUAUUCCUCUAGGUUUCAGCAGGAACUAUUCAAUGUUGCAGCAGGGGUUAACAGCUGAUGUCAGCUGCCAGCCAAUUGGGAGUCAAACGCAGUACGUUUGGAACACGGGUAACUCCUCCGUUAUCUAUGCCAACCCAGCUGCUCUGAACAACUCCAUCACUGGUCUUCGCUUGUGGAAUAUAACUGCAAACUGCGGUACCAAUACACCCACGACGCAGGAAUAUGUGACCAUGGUGGAUGCAAGUGGAAAUCCGAGCGUGUCAGGGACUGGCUUUCUUCCUUCCGUUGUGUGCCCGGGGCCUACGGAUCUGACUCAAACUUAUACAAGCUUUACGAUUCUUUCACAAGGAUUUUACAAGUAUGGAUUCCUCAAUCCAAGCGUGUGCGAGGUGACUCCACUGUUGACUACAGUCCGCGCCAAAUAUUCCAAUGACCUCAUUUCUUCCGAGGUCAUUUCAUCGAUCCCUUUCCGACCAGAGAAUGAACAACUACUAACUUUUGUCGUGGGAGUUGCCAUGUUUCAGUCGAUCAACUCGCAGGGGCUUGCGAGCAGCGCAAUCGGAGACACUCUGUACUCCAUCUAUUCCUCGACAACUAACACAUCUAUCGACGACAAUCUUGGAAAUCAAACGCAGGUUUACAAAGAACUGGAGGAGUAUUGGCGUGGCGUUGUUGAAUUUUCUGCCACGUUCCUUCGCUCCGGGUUUAUGGUUGUUGGUAGCUUCCCCGAUAACACCAUCCCGGAGGACCUCUCCUCCCCAGUCAAUGGAACAAUGUAUAUAUCGACGAUAGGUUGGACUCAGCAGUCGGCGACAUAUCUUCUCGCCAUCAUUCCCAUCACCAUCAUCACCAUCCUCACAGUCGCCUGCGCUUUGUAUAGUAUUUUGCAGCCUGAGAAAAAGGACACGGGCAAGAGGCCUUUCGAUGCGUCGAACCCUCUUCAUCUCAUUAUGGCAUCUGCUGCCGGGGGUAUGGAACUCCAAUAUUUCGACGACAAUGGGAUUACCACCAACGAGGGCAUGAUGGUGAAGCUACAGGACAACGAUGCGCAGAAAAUGUUUGUGAAAGCGUAG